AAAUAGUCGGGCGGCGCUCGUCGUCCUCAACGCAGAUCCCACAACGUACUGAUGGGCUACUCACGGCGCUGCCAACUCAGUAGAUGAUUUGAAAUACAGUUGGGCUCAUAACUGUUGCGAACCAAGCUUUCGUUUCUCACUGACAGCAAGCAUGGCUGACAAGACGCCGAAGGAGUCCAGUGCUCCCUUUGCAACAAGAAUAGACCCGGAUAAAGAGGGUCUUUCUCGAGAACAGAUGCAUUUUAUCCGUCAGGUAGAGCUUGGACAGUGGAAGAAGAAGACGCACAUGCUGCGGACACGAAACGUUGUGACGGGUCUCGCCAUUGGAGCACUCGUUAUGGGAAUUUACGGCUACACGUUUUACUCAGUCUCCCAGGAGCGGAUCAUGGAUGAAAUGGACGAAGAGGCCAAGCGUGCCAGAAUGAGCGCACCAAAGACGGGUGCCAACUGAGAAGCACGUGAUGCCUGCCUGUCUCUGGACUGUGUGUCCGUCCUGCACUUAGCAGAGAAGGGACUGACGUGGACACUGAUGCCACUGAUUUAUAUUCAAUGGCUGGUUGCUGUUUUUCAUGUUGCGGCAGACCUAUAUUUUUUUGUUUUUUGUUUGUUUUUUAUUGGUUUUGAAGGGUAAUUGUGUGGUUCUUCUACUGGCUAAUACUAAACACAUCUUUAUUUUGAUUCAUUUUGCCUGUCAGUGGAAAGGACUAAUCCACUGACCUUAAAUGACCUUUGACUCUACAGAAGGCACAGUAGCUGUGACCGUUACCUGACAAGCUUCCAGCGUUGAUGAUGUGAUGUGAGGGGAACAUCAGAAACAUCAGUCAGCUAAUGAUGGUAAAUCUACAGUGGCCUUUAACAGCAGAAAAUGCCAGUGACGCUUCUGAAAUGACACGCAGAUGAAGAUGUUGAAACAUAUUUAUGUCGAUAAAGUGAUUUGUAAAAUAAAAGGUAAUGUAUUAGAUUUUGUUUUUAAAAAAAAAACAACUAUGUCUUGAGAAUGACAGUAAAGACAACAAAAGAUCUGUGGUA